CCAAUAGUCAUCAGUUUAGUUUGGUUCUUUUGCAAAAUAGCGUCUCCCAGUAGUGUCGCGGCGUGAGAAGUUGAUUCGAAUAUUUAGAGGAGAAUAUUCUGUCUGUGAAUCCCAUACCUGUCAGUUACCAAAAACCCCUUUUGAAAAAAAUCACCAUGAAGUGCUUCGUUGCCAUUGCCCUGUUGGCUGUUGCCGUGAGUGCAUCGCCCAUCGACCCCUAUGGACACUACGCUGCCCCCCAUCUGGUGCACGCCCCAGUUGUCCACGCUCCAGUCGUCCACGCCGCCCCAGUCCUGAAGCACGUCGUUGCCGAGCCAGUUGCCUACCCCAAGUACUCGUUCAACUACGGAAUCAAGGAUCCCCAUACCGGAGACAUCAAGUCCCAGGCUGAGGAACGCGACGGAGAUGUCGUCAAGGGACAGUACUCGCUGGUCGAACCCGACGGUUCGGUCCGUACCGUUGACUACACCGCCGAUGACCACAACGGAUUCAACGCUGUCGUGCACAAGUCUGCCCCAGCUGUCCACAAGGUCGUUGCCCCGGUAGCCUACCACGCCCCGGCUCCAGUCCUCAGCCACUACGUCCACUAAGGCACUGAAGCUGCUUAGCCCAUCAACCACAAAUGUAAACAAACAACCAUCAACAAACUCUCGGACCGGCUACCAGAAGUGGGACUCGUGGAACAUCCGCGGGGUACCUCAAGAAGAUCCCCGGAACUCCCCGGGUACCGAGCUGUGCUCCGAUAAAAUUAGUCACUCUCUCACAGAACAGCUACUGUCUCCGCCAUGAAACUUCGAAGCCGGCCCCAAAAAACGGCUCCGGAGAUGCGCAUCGUCGCAAUCCAUCGUUAAACUACUCGUUGUAAAUCGUUAAGCUAUCUAAAAACAAACAAAAUAUGGAUCAUACGCAAACAUGCCCACGCACCAAACCCAGCUAUUCACAUCUUGAGUUGUAAUAUGUCGUUUAUUUGUAUUUUUUUCAUUCGUUUUUUCAACUCUUGCACGUUAAGUAAUUACGUUCCAAGCGCAUUUACUUGCGCCCGCUCGUUUUUCCUCACCGCUACUUUUAUUUUCGUAAAUUUUCACCUUCACCUUGACGAACGAUCGUCUACGAUCGUGAAUCUUUCGGCCUUAACCUUUUCCAGACCGAAAGGAAACGCACCUUCGCGAUAGGAACAAAAACACGCACCACUUUCACUGAAAAAAAAAACAACCAAUUCUCUCACGCUCUCUAUCCGCGCACCACAGCACGAGAUGAUCAGCAGGUGAAGUCGUGAAACCGGUUUGGCACGUGCUCCAGUCGAGAUCACACGAAGCUGCUCCACUGACCGACACUGGCGGCUGGAGCUGGACGGAUUCUCCAUCCUCUCUUCGGCUCGGUCGGUCAGUGCACUUUUUCGUGGGUCCCGAACAGCUGCGACCGUUGAGAUGUUGCGCGAUUUUGCUCCUUCAACGUGUUGCGCAACAAACCCGUCGUCGUCGUCGUCGAGUAGUGGUGCCAUCUGGUGCAAAAGUGUACAAAAACGAACCAAUUCGUCACCAUCGCGUUUUUAUCGUGUCGGAGCAAGUCAAACACCGCGGAUCUAAAUUUUCUUUCUUUUAAAUGAAAAAAAUAUCUACGGGGACUUAUUUUCAAGUCACCCUGGCCUUCUACUAGACUUAAAACACACGCUACUAAGGGCCCUAAACGAUACAAAAAAAAAAGUUACAAAACACUUCCAAAUGAUGUUUGAGUGCUAGCCUCCCAAUUUACAAAUGUGAUAAUUGUUAUUCUCUCAUUACCUCUACCUGUUACUUUUUUGUUUUUCUUUAAUCUUUCACACUGAUCUUCUACUCUGAAUCUGUUAUUUAUCUAUCGUACUGAGCCUAUUACGUUCUACUGUUGAAUCUAUUUUCUCCAACAGCUAGGAAUCUGUCACUCUUUUCUCUACCCUUAGUCAUCUGCUUAAAGAAAAAAGAGGAAAAGAAAACAUGUCUAAUGGAGAAAAACUGUGUGUACUAUAAUAAAUAUUGUUUCCAAUCGAGAAAAAUUGCCUUCCCCUCGGAACAAAGUGGGGUUGGCAAAGCCAAAAAAAUCGAACUGUAAAUACAGAAAUAAAAAAAUAUAUAUUCAAUUAAA